AAAUAAAAAUGAGGAUAUUCAAGAUGUUGAAGACAUUGAUAGUGAAGUUCAAGAUGUUAAACACAUUGAUAGUGAAGUCCAAGAUGUUGAACACAUUGAUAAUGAAAUUCAAAAUGUUGAAGACAUUGAAAAUGUUGAGAAUGUUGAUAAUGAAGCCAAAGAUAUUGAUAGCGAUAAGCAUAGUCUUGUUUGA